AUGAAAUCACUUGCCUUAACUUCAGCGAUCGCUGUAAUUUUUCCUUCUAUUGUUUGGGCCACUUAUUUAUGGCCAGUUCCCCAAUCCUUUAAGCAGGGUCGAGUCGAAUUAAACCUUGAUACAACAUUCCACAUUGAAGCUCCAGAAGUUGCAUAUCUUCAAGAAGCGGUCCAUCGAUAUACUGAACUUAUCAUCCACGAGAGAUGGACACCUGUCCAAGUUCCUUUAACACCAACUAACGAAACAAGUCCUGUUGCUCGUCGUACAUUAGGUGCAUUAGAGAUCAUCAUUGCAGAUGAAGAUAAAAAAUUAGAAUAUGGAGUGGAUGAAUCCUAUACUUUAGAUAUUCCAAUCAACGGUGGUGUAGCAACAUUGAAAUCAGAAACUGUGUGGGGGACAAUCCGCGGACUUGAAACAUUCUCUCAAUUGGUUCAAGCUCGUCCAGAACGAAACGAGGAGGGAGAGAUCAUGUAUUUUGAAAACGAAGAGGAUUAUGAUGAGGGAAACUACGGUUUUGAGGACUUAUUUAUACCAAAUGCACCUAUCCGAAUUGAAGAUUCUCCAAAGUUCUCACACCGUGGUUUGAUGCUGGUACAUACUGAUCAAUCUUUGUCUACUGUUUUUCAUUGGCAUAUUACUGAUUCUCACAGUUUCCCUCUCAAGCUGCAGAGUGUGCCUGAACUUGCUCAAGAGGGUGCAUAUAAGCUACAUCAGAAACGUUUGGUAUACACAAAAAGAGAUGUAAGACAAGUCAUUGAUUAUGCAUAUAAACGUGGUGUACGAGUUAUACCUGAAAUUGAUAUGCCUGCACAUACUGGUUCUUGGGCUUUGUCUCAUAAAGAAAUUACAACAUGUACCGGUGUUCAUUAUCUUGAUGAAUCCAACGAUUGGAGUAAAAGGCUUGCAGCAGAACCAGGUACCGGUCAACUGAACCCUAUCCAUAAUAAGACGUAUGAAAUUGUAGAAAAAGUUAUUACGGAAGUGAGUGAGUUGUUCUCAGAUGAUUGGUUUCACGGGGGUGGUGAUGAACCUGUUUAUAAUUGUUGGAAUCAAGAUGAAGACGUUAGAAAUUACAUGAAGAAGAAUAAUGCUACAGGAGUUGAUCUCCUAGGCAUUUUUUUACAAAAAGAAUUAGAUAUGAUUCAUGAUUCGGACAAAACGGCUAUUCUUUGGGAAGAUCCUGUUACCAAUGUUCAUUUGCCCAUCUCCAAAGAUGUUGUCAUGCAAGUUUGGAUAAA